CGCGAAAGGGGAGGGCGGAAACCAGCCUUCCUCCCGGAAGUGUGUGCGGUUUCUAAGGGGGCGCAGGAAGCGGACCCGGGUGAGAACAGGUGCGGCGGGGGGUCUUCGUCCCGGGUGGCGGGCAAGUUAAAAAAAAAAGCGGCCAUGUCGGCCUUCGACGCGAACCCCUUCGCGGAUCCCGUGGAGGUCAAUCCCUUCCAGGAUCCUUCGGUCACUCAGCUGGCCAAUGCGAACCAAGGUACCCUGGAUGAAUUCAAUCCCUUCUCGGAGAAUUCUCGGCAAACAAAUGCAGCUCAGACCAUCCCAACAACACAGCCUGCUGGCGCCUCUCAACCUGCGGUGCUACAGACUUCUGUGGAGCCCACCCCACAGUCUGUGGCCUCAGCAGCACAGGCUGGGCUCCUGAAACAGCAAGAAGAAUUAGAAAGGAAAGCUGCGGAGCUGGACAGAAAGGAGCGCGAACUGCAGAACAGCGCAGCCGGCUUUAACCCAAAACAGAACAACUGGCCCCCGCUUCCGAAGAUAUGCCCCAUCAAGCCUUGCUUCUAUCAAGAUUUCUCCGCGGAGAUCCCAGCUGACUAUCAGCACAUUUGCAAAAUGAUGUAUUACCUGUGGAUGUUUCACUCGGUCACCCUGCUGUUAAACGUCCUCGCCUGCCUGGCGGUGUUUACGGUGGAGCCCACCACCACGGGAUCGGAUUUCGGCCUCUCCAUCUUGUGGCUCGUCUUGUUCACCCCUUGUGCUUUCCUGUGUUGGUACCGGCCAGUUUACAAGGCUUUCAGGUCUGACAGCUCCUUCAGUUUCUUUGUCUUCUUCUUCAUCUUCUUCUGCCAGAUAAUUGCACACAUCGUCCAGGCUGUCGGUAUCCCUAAUUGGGGGAGCAGUGGCUGGAUUUUGGCCUUCUCCGCAACCUCAAACUUGGCCGUGAAGAUUAUCAUGAUAGUGGUCGCCAUGUUCUUCACAACCUGCGCCACGCUCUCCCUCUUCCUGCUGAAACGAGUCCACUCGCUCUAUCGCCGGACAGGCGCCAGCUUCCAGAGAGCGCAGGAAGAAUUCUCCCAAGGCAUCCUCAGCAACAGGAACUUUCAGACGGCCGCUAGCGGGGCAGCCUCCACGGCGGCUCAGAACGCAUUCCGGGGAAACUGAACUUCCCCAGCGAGGUUCCUGCUUCCGUUCCUCACGGUCGUCCGAUCGUCCAGGUUCAGGCAGUUCUCUCCCCGCGGGUGCAGCACGCCUUAACUCCCAAGAGGCUCGCGGGAGUUUUUCAACCCUCCAACUUUACCCUGUCUCCAUCCGCGUCUUGUUGGAAAGGGCAAAAUUCGGGGUGCCUAAACUUCGGUGUGAUUUUUUUUUCUCCCCCCCCCCCCUUUCCUCCUUCCUUCCCUCAAAUAUCCUUUUUUUAUAUAUACUUAAAAACGUAUAUAUUUCCUGCACUUUUCCAUUUCUUCCGUUGCUGGCGUUUGGGGGCGGCGGGGAGAGAUUUUUGCACUCUUGAUCCUCCCGCCGGAAGCAUCACUGAACAAUCCCCUUCCCUUCCUCUUCCCAGCUGCUGCCUUUGAUGAUUAUUUUUUUUUUAAUUAGCCGAAGACCGUUAAAACCCCCCCCCCAGCCCCCCAAAGCCAUAAAAACAAACCAGGUUUCCUAUCUGGGAUUGAAAUUUUUGGAUUGUCAGAGAGGAUAAAGUCUUAUUCACCAGCAGCGUUGGCCCCCCGAGACGUUAGCAACCUGGAUUUUUGAAAGGAGGUGAUGGGGUUUCAAUGAAGCAAGCAUGGAGAUGAUGAAGGGGGCAAUUAUUUCUAAUUCUGAUUCCCGUAUUGAUUUUACUCAGUGCCGUCAAACCUGCUUUGGUGUCUCUGCCCUCCUCGCCCAGCCUCCGCCAAAGCAAACAAUUCUUCAAAAGGAGCACGUUAGCAAAAGCUCCUCUUCCUCAAUAAUAAAUAAAUAAAUAAAUGAUCCUAUGGAAACACCUCCUCUGCUUUUUAUCAGAUUUUUUUUUUUUUUCUUCCCAGUUGCCGGCACCUCUGGUUUCAAAAUAAAAGUUUGGAGAGAAAGACGAUGGGUUUAGCCAAGGCUUGUUUGGGACAGAAUGGAUGACAGGCGGCUGCGUCCAAAAUCUUAAAUUCUCUUUUUAUUCAAAGCUUGAAUGACAGCAACCGUCAAAAACAUCCGGGCUCCCCUCAAGAGGCCCGUUUUGUGUUCUCUGAAAACAAAUCAGUGUAAAAGGAAAACUUUGGAAGAUCCCUCCUCAUCUGAUAGGCUUGAUCGAUUGAUCGACUCUUAAAUUGGGGGUAUCGACUCUUAAAUUGGGGGUAUACCUCUCCAAAACACUAAACGCUCUUUGGUUAACUUCUGUCGACCUACUUCAAGUGAUCUAAGAUGCACAUCUAAGGCUUAUAUCUUUUAAUAAAUCCGAUGGAAGAGGAGCGUUCAGAGAGCUUACAAUCUCGCUAACCAGUUUUUUUUUCCCCCUUGCUUUUUUACUUCUUUAGGUAAACUUGGUGUCUUCCUCUCUUCCCACCCCAAAAUACGUAGGUGUUUGGGGUUUCUUUCGUUUUUUUCCCACCACGGAUGUUUCCAAACUUUUGUGAGCUUGGAAUGUACCCUGGUACAUCCCAGGGAAGUAUCUCUUGGUUUCUGUCUCUCUUUUUUAUUUUUAUUAUUAUUCUUCGGAGAUAUGUAAUGAUGGCAGAAAUGAGAUUUUUUUAAAAAGAAAAAUGAAAUAAGAUCUUCCCCUUUCGGAUGUAUUUUCCACCUCUUUUUUUUUUUUUUUUUGGUUGUAAAAAAAAAUUGUAUAUGUCAAACUUUUGUGGUUAAACGCAGAAUAAAAAUAUCAAGACUUAGUAGAAA